CUAGAAGGUGAAUAUUUUAGGUAUGUACUUCAUCGUUUUAGUGACCUUAGAAACCAAAAGGGUUCUCUAACAUCUAUGAUUCUACGAGUUAAAGGGCGGCGCGAAAGUUCCCCGUUUUCGUUCCGUUUUUGGUUCCGGUUCCGGUUCUGGUUCAGGUUUUAUUGAAGGUUCUAUUGAUCAAACUUCAAUAUCCCAGGUCUUAGAUUGCUGGAUUAUGGUGAUAAAUUGCUACAUAUAAUUGCACUCCAUGUGCUCGAUGAAAUGAUUCAAUGAGAAAACUUAUGAAAGUCUUCAAAAACCGUUUAAGAUCUUAAAUUGGUAAUGUCAUGAUAUCCAUUUCGUGAAUUUGAAUACCCGAUAUGUUGAAGAUUGUCACUUACAAUGUUAAUGGCAUCCGACAACGUAUAGCUCAGUAUGGUUCUCUCCUUAAAUUGCUUGAUUCUUUGGAUGCUGACAUUAUUUGUUUCCAGCUUUGAAUUUCAGGAGAUAAAAGUGACUAGACAGGAGCUUACUGCUGAUUUAAUUGUUGCUGAAGGAUAUGAAUCCUUCUUUUCUUGUACACGUACCUGUGGAAAAGGCCGCACCGGUUAUUCUGGUGUUGCAACUUUUUGCCGUGUAAAAUCAGCAUUCACUAGUACCGAAGUAGCGUUACCUGUGGCAGCUGAAGAAGGCUUCACUGGUCUUUUAGAGAGUCCUAAUGGAAAUGAAUCUAGAAGUGACCAGCUUUUUACGGACAUGGAAUGCCUUACGGAGUUUCGAAAGGAUGAGCUUUUAAAGAUCGAUAGCGAGGGUCGUUGUGUCAUUACAGAUCAUGGUCAUUUUGUUCUUUUUAAUGUAUAUGGGCCUAGAGCAGAUCCCGAUGAUGUGGAGAGGGUCCAAUUCAAAGCCAACUUCUACAAGAUCAUGCAGAGAAAAUGGGCAUUGCUUCAACAAGAAAAGAGGCGGAUAGUUGUAGUAGGCGACCUGAACAUUGCUCCUUCUUCAAUAGAUCGCUGUGAGGCUGGUCCAGACUUUGAGAAGAAUGAGUUCCGUAGAUGGUUUAGGACUCAAUUAGUGAAAAAUGGAGGUUCCUUUUAUGACCUUUUUAGAGAAAAACAUCCAGAAAGGACAGAUGCAUAUACUUGCUGGCCAGUACAUAAUGGUGCUGAAGAAUUUAAUUAUGGGAGCAGGAUUGAUCACAUACUUGCCUGUGGUGUAUGCUUACAUUGUUUGCAUGACAAUGAUGACCAUAGCCUUGUUGCUUGUCAUGUUGAAGAGUGUAAUAUUAUGACACAGUUCAGAAGAUGGAAGCCUGGCAUCUCAGCAAGCUGGAAAGGAGGCAGAGCGGCUAAACUCGAAGGUUCUGAUCAUGUUCCUGUGUUUGUUACUUUAAAAGAUAUUCCUGAUAUCCAACUGCACAGUACACCACCUUUGUCUGCCAGAUAUAUGCCUGAGAUUCGUGGGUCACAACAAACAAUUGUGUCAAUUUUAAAGAAAAGGCAGUUGACGGAAAAGGUUGGUGUUGGUACGUUGACAAGUCCAUCAAGUAUACAAGACACUGAGUAUGUGAACGUAGAAGAGAGUGUAAAAGAAGCACUCCCUUCUUGCAGUGUCUCAAGCGCUCAGUUAAAUAUGUUGUCUUGUUCAACAAUGAAUGCCUGCGAGACUAAAUCCAGUUCUUCUGGGGACAAGCAAAAUGUUCGUAAGAAGAAGAAAAUGAAACAAAUUCAACAAGCUCAACUCUCACUAACAUCUUUUUUCUGCAAAAUUCCAAGUAACUCCGCAAAGGCGGAAAAUCUUACAAAAAGCGACGCAGAUAACCACGAGACUACAUUGAAUUCUUCUGUUUUUCCCAAAGAAACAUUAGAGACGAUAAACCCGGGGAGUGAUUUUGAUGAUGGUGCUUCUCAAGAGCAUAGCACACCGAUCGACUGCUCUAACGGUAGUGAUAAGAAGACUGUUGCUUUAAUGGAAUGGCAAAGGAUUCAACAACUUAUGCAGGAUAGCAUACCUCUCUGUGAAGGACAUCGUGAACCUUGUGUUGCUCGUGUUGUUAAAAAACCGGGUCCAAAUUUUGGCAGAAGAUUUUAUGUUUGUGCUCGCGGAGAGGGCCCAGCAUCAAAUCCUGAAUCGAGAUGUGAUUUCUUUCGAUGGGCUGGAGCUAAACCGAAGCAGAAAAAAUGACAUCUGAACAAUUCAUUGUUGAUAUGAGUAUGUUACUCGGACUCUUCAUUUUGCUUUAUGUACCUGUGUCCGAUCCUUGAUGCUUGGAUAGUGGUAUGGCACUUAGACUCUUCAUUUUAGGCGUAAAAUUGAAUAUUUAGACGUAUCCGAUACUUGACACGUACCAGUAUCCGACAUCGGUACCCCAGUCCAGGUAACAUAGUGAGUUUAGGUCUUUCCUCGUUGAUCUGAGUUGUAAUCAUGUAAAUUCUGUAGUUUCUGUUCUGGCUGGAUUCUAUUAAUCAUCAAAUUCCAGAUGAUCAUCAAUUGUUCAUACAUUUACAUUGUAUUGUGAAAAGGAAUUUGGAAGUAAUAGAAGUAAUAGAAGUAUUAGAGUUUGGAUAGGUAGAAUAAAGUUGGAGUGUGAUAGUGUAACGAUUUCUGUUGUGGUUGGUUUGGUUGUUAUUCAAGGUGAGAAUUGUGAUGAAAAUUUAAUGUGAUUUUGAUUUAGGAAAA